AUGUCAUCACCCGUAUCGCCGUCUAAAGCGCACCAAGACCGUCUCCCGCCAUCGCCCCCAAAAUCGCCAGGUUCAUCCCUCUCACGUAUUGUGUCGCACGUUGCCGCUCUACAUAGUGGUGAUCCAAGCACUCGGACUGCGCCAUUGCAGGCCUUUUCGAUACUCGAGUCUGAGUACGCGCAGUUGGAUCCUUGUCUUGAAAAGGUCGGUCUGUACGACUUCUACCACAACGAAGUUCGGCACGACUACGAUCCGUCGAGGGGACAUCUGAUUUUCCGCAUGCCCACACGCCAGCACGAUGUUCUUGCACACAAAUUCGUCCAGCUAAUCUUGACCAAGAUCACUGCGCUAGCCCGCAUCCUCGAGCAAGAUUACCCAGCCAUUUCUCGUCGCCUCCUCCAGCUCCAGACUAUGACAACAUCCGAUAUAGACCUGAUCAGCGACGACGACGGCCUUAAACUGGGCCACAAGUCACCCGAUGCCUCCAUCGGCUAUGAAGAAUUGGGAUUUCCUCAGGCCGUCUUCGAGGUCUCGUACAGCCAGGCUCACAAAAAGCUCGCGCCUCUCGCAUGGUCAUACAUUAUGGGCACACGCCAUGCUGUCCGUUGUGUCGUGGGCUUGGAUCUGGACUAUCCACGAAAAAGUGCGCCAUCUGUCCCUCCUCCUGCUCGCAGCGCGAGUGUCAGCAUAUGGCGUCCCCUAGUCGAGAUCGAAGGAAACAUCAAGAAUAUGGAUGUAAAACAAGAAACCACAGAUCAAUGCCUUGGAGAACUCAACCCGGACCAUGCAAUAGCAGUCCUUUGUAUACGAGACCUGCUAAGCAAUGAAUAUCUGGAAGGCACUUCGCUUGACAUCGCUGAACGUGAGAUUGUCAUCACAUCCAGAGAGAUGACUGAUAUUCUCGCGAGCGCAGAGAAUUGCCAGAAGAGCACACAUCGAAAUGUGGAAAAACUUCUUCAGGACAGCCAGGAUCAGAAUUGCAAUUGGCGAAAGCGACGCCCCACGCCUGACGAAGAGUUGAGUGACGGAAGAGAAGCGAAAUACAGAAUCACCGAGUCGAUAGUGGAACAGCAGAGGUCAGAUGACGACACGUCCUAUAUGCCUGCAUCUGGAUCAUCCGCGGGGUCUCACAGCGGUCUUCCUCGUCGUUCAACUCGUUCGCGGAUCGACGCCUGA